AAUGUAUAGUCCUGAUUAAGGAUGGUGAGGAGUUAUGGCCUCAGCCAGGCCCUCCUUGCUCCGGGGCGGGAAGAGGCCCACAAAGCUGCAGAGCUUACCGGUCCCUCUGCCGCUGCCCCCCAGGGCUUCCAGCUCUGUGGGGCUCCUUCAGUCUGUGCUCCCCAGAAUCAGGCUGAGCAUCCCAGGAAGAUGCGAGGCACCCCCGCGAGGCCACAAGACACGUUCCUUUGGACUCCAGCCAUACUGAUUGGAAAUCCUAGAGGCUCCUGGCCCUUUGAGAUGGGGGACCCACAAGAAACAGCCCUUAGGAGAUUGUCCAGGGUCAGCUGUCUCACGCUGCAUGCCCAGCCCCUCACACCCCCAACCAUAGGCUGACUCCAGAGCAUGUGGAAUUGUUUCUUGUUUGUGUUUUUCCUUAGCUUCCCAGCUGGUGGACAGAACGUUAUUUUCCACAAGAAUGUGAAAAAACAUGUUGCCUUUUAUAAAUCCGCCAGCCUGCCAGGCUCCACACAACACAUGCCUCCCCCGGUUUCAGAAUACAGACUUUCAACCGGGAAGGGCUGAAGCAGCACAGGCUGAGGCAUGGAUGACGGAUUUGAGGAGGAGAAGGAGCGAGUAGGGCGGGAGAAGAGGGGAGAUCGUGUUAGUUCCCUGACACCCCUAAAAGAGAGGGGUGGGCCGAGGUCCACUCACCCCACUUCAGGAAGCCAACUGCAGGUCCUGACUGAAAAGUGGUGCCAACCUCCACGGAGCCCAGGGUCUUUUGCCUUGACAAUAUUCCCCGCCUCAGCCACCAGCCUUCAACCCAGAUGAGCCCUCUGUUUCCCACCCAGAACACAGACCUCAACCAGCAACCAUUCUCACUGCAGACUCUACCCCAACCCUUGAUGGAGCCUCUCAAAUGCCACCCUCACCCUCCUGCCCUGACGCACCACCCCACCAGAGCUGCUGUUCAGCUCAUGCUCCUGAGGACCUCUCAGAUCUGCUCCAGAACGUGAAAUUCCAGUCCAGCAACUUUGAAAACAUCCUGACUUGGGAGAGCGGGCCAGAGGGUACCCCAGGCACGGUCUACAGCAUCGAGUAUAAGACGUACGGAGAGAGGGACUGGGUGGCAAAGAAGGGCUGCCAGCGGAUCACUCGGAAGUCCUGCAACUUGACAGUGGAGACGGGCAACUUCACAGAGCUCUACUAUGCCAGGGUCACCGCCGUCAGCGCGGGAGGCCGGACAGCCACCAAGAUGACCGACAGGUUCAGCGCUCUGCAACACACUACCCUCAAACCUCCUGAUGUGACCUGUAUCCCCAAAGUGAGAUCAAUCCAGAUGAUUGUUCAUCCUACCCCCACACCCAUCCGUGCAGGGGAUGGCCACUGGCUAACCCUGGAAGAAAUCUUCCAUGACCUGUCCUACCGCUUAGAGCUCCAAGUCAACCGCACCUACCAAAUGCGCCUGGAAGGGAAGCAGAGAGAAUAUGAGUUCUUCGGCCUGACGCCUGACACAGAGUUCCUUGGCACCAUCACGGUCUUUGUUACCACCUGGUUCAAGGAGAGUGCCCCCUACGUGUGCCGAGUGAAGACGCUCCCAGACCGGACAUGGACCUACUCCUUCUCUGGAGCCUUCCUAUUCUCCAUGGGCUUCCUUGUCGCAGUGCUCUGCUACCUGAGCUACAGAUAUGUCACCAAGCCACCUGCACCUCCCAACUCCCUGAACGUCCAGCGAGUCCUGACUUUCCAGCCACUGCGCUUCAUCCAGGAGCACGUCCUGAUCCCUGUCUUCGACCUCAGUGGCCCCAGCAGUCUGGCCCAGCCUGUCCAGUACUCCCAGAUCAGGGUGUCUGGGCCCAGGGAGCCUGCGGGAACUCCACAGCAGCACGGCCUGCCUGAGACCACCUAUUUAGGACGGCCAGACAUCAUCCUCCAGCCCUCCAACAUGCUACCUCCCCAGAUCUUCUCCCCACUGCCCUAUGCCCCAAACACUGUCCCUGAGGUCGGGCCUCCAUCCUAUGCACCUCAGGUGACCCCCGAAGCUCAACCCCCAUUCUACACCCCAGAGGCCAUCUCUAAGGUCCAGCCUCCCUCCUAUGCCCCUCAGGCCACUCCAGACAGCUGGCCUCCCUCCUAUGGGGUAUGCAUGGAAAAUUCUGGCAAAGACUCCCUGGCUGUGACCCUUUCUAGUCCUAAACACCUUAGGCCUAAAGGUCAGCUGCAGAAAGAGGCACCAGCUGGAAGCUGCCUGCCAGGUGGCCUUUCUCUGCAGGAGGUGACCUCCCUGGCUACGGAGGAAUCCCAAGAAGCAAAAUCAUUGCACCAGCCCCUGGGGGUUUGCACAGGCAGAACAUCUGACCCAAAUGUGCUACAUAGUGGGGAGGAAGGGACACCACUGUACCUAAAGGGCCAGCUCCCCCUCCUCUCCUCAGUCCAGAUCGAGGGCCACCCCGUGUCCCUCCCUUUGCAUCCUCCUUCCCGCCCCUGUUCCCCCUCCAACCAGGGUCCAAGUCCCUGGGGCCUGCUGGAGUCCCUUUUGUGUCCCAGGGAUGAAGCCAAGAGCCCAGCCCCUGAGACCGCAGACCUGGAGCAGCCCACAGAGCUGGAUGCUCUUUUCAGAGGCCUGGCCCUCACCGUGCAGUGGGAGCCCUGAAGGGAACGGGAAAGGCCUGGGGCUUCCUCCUUGUCCCUACCCAGUGUCACAUCCUUGGCUGUCAAUCCCAUGCCGAACCACGCUGCAUACUUCUCGUCCCAGCCCCAAAUGGGUACCCUUGAGAGAAGCAGAGGGCAUGGCCUACAGGGCCCCAGCCAUUGGUGAGCCCCCCACCGGAGCAAAGCAGCCUGAUAAGGACUGCAGUGGAGAAGCUCUGGGGAGCAAUCUGUGUAGACAAGCGUGUGCUGGCUGAGCCCUGCAGGGCAGAAAUGACAGAGACCAAGGAGGAAAUGCAGGGAAACCCCCGAGAUCCAGGGCCCCACCUUCUAACAUCCUGGAUUCAGAGUUCUCAGGGAAUCUGCCUCUCCUCGCCACAUUCCUGGCCAGUUUCGUAAUCUAGCUUGACAGAGUGUGAGGCCCCUGCCUCUUCUGCAAUUGCUCAAAGGUGAGAAGAAGGCCUGGAAAAGGACACCUUGCAGGAGGCUGGGCAGAACCAGAACAACCUGCACUUCUGCCAAGGCCAGAGCCAGCAGGGUGGCAAGACUCCAGGGAGGGGUGCAGCCUGGAGCUCAUUCCCAGCCAGGGCAGCCGCCUGAUGUUGCACUAUUUCAGCUUCAUUCCUCUGCUAGAAAGAGGCAAAAUGAAGGUCCACCAGGAAGGGAGACACACAAGGCUUUUCUGCAGGCAGGAGUUUCAGACCCUAUCCUGAUGAUGGCGUUUGAAAGGAAGGUGAGGACUGUGUCCCCUGAACAGGUACAGUAACACACUGUACUAAUAUCACAACUUUGGAUACUCUGCCUGGGUUCAGCCCAUCUUGGCUCAAAUUCCAGCCUCACCACUUACAAGUGGUGUAACUUCAAACAAAUGAAUCAGUGCCCAGAACCUUGGUUUCCUCAUCUGUAACAUGGGGAUCAUAACACCUAUCUCACUGGAUUGUGGCGAAGAUGAAAUUAAGUCGUUGUCAACGUGCUUAAUAGCGCCUGGUACACGGGCAGUGCCCAAUAAAUGGUAGCUAUUU